AUGUUCUCGAAACCAACCAACAGCCCCCCGGCUGUCCCCUCUCGAAAUGCUCUCCGAGUUCUGCGUAGAUUAGCGCUUGCCGGCUCAACUGUGGGCAGUUUCUGCACGGUCGCGGCCAUCACCUACGAUGUCCAUCGCCGAGUCCGAGUCGCCGAGCGCAUUGUCGAGAACAAACGGGCCUUACAGACCUCCGCACCCAACUACGAUGCCACGUCUGCCGCGAAACGACUCGCCCGUAUGAUGGAAGCAGCGGAAGCAGGCGAAUUUAUGGGAUUGGCGUCGUUGAAGGAGGCGGACAGAAAGAUCCGAGAAGGGCAAGCUACGCAGGAUGACGAUGUGGUAGCUUUGCACCAGGAGGGGGGCUUUCGACGUCCGGGCAUGGGGUUGGAGGAUCCGCGGCGAGCAGUCCAGGCAGAGUCGUAUCUGGAGACUACCCGGUCGCAGCUCGUCGAUGCGCUUAUAUCACGGCCGAAUCUUGAGAGUGGCUUGGGUCGAAGGAAUUUUGUUCCUCCUAGGCAGGUCCCGGUUGUCGACGCCAUGGAGCGGACGAAAAAUGCUAUACAAUCAAAUAAUUCCAGCUCGCGGGCGCAACUUUCGGAUGCAUUACCCGAGAGCGAGAAAUCACAGAGUGCAGGGCAGGUUAUUGUCCCGACACGGAUGCAGGAACUUCUCGACCGCGGUCGUCCCAUUGAGGCGGCCCAAUUUUUUCUGGAGACACAUGCCGCUUCAUUGAAAGGCAUAUCCUCAGACAGGAAGGAAAUGGCUACGAAGGUAUUCUUCGUCAACUGCAAAGAGGACAAUGUGUUUAUUGCCAGAAGUGUGUUUGAGCGGUUGGAAGAGGUGGAUAGAAUCACGCCUGAGAUGUGGAAGACGUUGAUGCUGGCUUUGGCGAAGAAAGGGUGCAUUGAAUCAGUUGCGAGUGUUUAUACGCGAUACAUGCGCAAGUUCCCUUGCCCUCCGGAGAUGGUCGACGUUGUGCUGCGGAGUUUGCUUGAAUCCCACCGACUCACCACUGCGAAAUGGUUCCUCUUGCGCAAUCUACAACAUGACCGUGAUUGCGGUUUGUGCGGAGCCUACCUCUCCGGCCUGUGGCGGAAGACAAGAAGCAUCGAGUUAUUGAACGGGCAGUUGAAAAAGAUAUUGACCAUUCUUCCAAAGUUCGAAAAACAACCUAGCGACAAACUAUUUAACCCGGUGAUCAAGGCAUAUGUUGAAUUUGGGCGGGUUGCCGAUGCCGAAGCUCUGGUGCAUGAUAUGACCACUUUAUAUGGGAUCCCUCUUCGUUGCCGAACUCAGGGCCUAUUGGUAUACGCCAAGGCUCUGAACUGUGACUGGGAGGGAGUUGACGCAGGACUGCAAGAGAUGCACAAACUCAAGCUGACGAGACGCCGGCGAGACUUCCUUCCUAUUUUUGAUCGAAUAUUUCUGGAGUACUGGGUCUCACAUUCGGGAAUUGAGAUUCGCAAUUUUGUGUUCCGGUACCUUGAUAAAUUCGACAUUGUCCCCGAUCGCGUGCUCUACAAGCACAUCUUGGAGGCUUUCGUGGAGAAAGGAGACAAGGAAAUGAUUGCUGAAUUUACAAGUAUGGCGAAGCAGCGAUCGUGGAAUAUCCCCAUAAACGAGCAGCAAUUCUUGGAGAUACUACGGUCUCGUCGCCUCGCAUUGGAAGGAGCACCAGUGGGGUUCUGGCAAAUGCUGCAGGCAGCGCGUGUCAAGUACGGGCACAGCUCCACGUCUCAGCGUAUCAUGGGCUACGACCAACAGUCAUUCCCUUUGCCGGAAGUCAACAGCAUGCCAUAUACACAGAAUCCGCUAUCGUGGUACCAGAGAACGAUGCAAGAGACCACGCCGUCGAAGCCUGUCGACCAAUAUCAGAAACUCCAUAAGCAGAUGACCCAUUUUCUGCACGCUGGAAAGCUGAAGGAAGCAUUGAAGUGCUUUCAAAAUGCUAAAAAUGCCCGGUUCCAGAUGAGGCAGCUUCACGUUGAAUUGGCGGUCAUAGCGACUUUGCUUGAGGACGGCCUUAGUGCAGCGCGCAGUCUCAUCGAGUCUGAAUGGCGGACUAUCCGUCACCUUGUCCGCUUCUCUCCUAUCUUCUUUCGUCAAGUCAUGGCGGUCGACGAGGAUGCGGGUGGCCACAUUGUCCAGAUGGCAGUCCUACGCUUCUACCAGCUUUGUUGGUCUACGAAACACAUGAAGGUCAAGCAUCACCUUACUGUUGCGACAAGCCGUCGCUUGAUCUCCCAACAUAAGCCGGAAAUGGCUCUGGAGCUUCUGACGGCCGUGUACAAGUCCCGUUAUAGGUUUGCAGCGACCUUUGACGGGGUUUGCAUGAAGAUGUUUGCGCGCGCCUUCGCCGCGACAGACAACAUUCUAGGCUUACGAUGGUGUAUUCUUACUGCUUUAUCACGCGAUAGUGCACUCAAUCAUGAUUUUGUGGUGGAAGUUCGCCGAAUCUUGGGCACUCUAAGUCCACCUUCCGCGGUGGAUGCCACCGCCGGCCCCGUCACUCAUGAGCAGCUGGAAUACCUUUAUUACAUCGCCGAUCUGCUCGAGGAGAAGAAUGAGGGGUGCGCCCCGAUAUGGGAGCUCAAGCAUGACGCCACACUGAAGCAGUCUUCGAGGCGACAGUUGAAGCAACCUCUUGACGCAAGCCGUCUUUUCAACCAGUCCGAUGUCCGCGAGACCGUCAAGCGAUGGGACGAAGAAUACGAGCUGGAGGCAGUGCUGGGUAGGAUUGACAAUGACCCGAACUCGAUUACUGCUCGAUGGAACGAGAGUCGUCGUUCACAUCAGAAAGAGGCGGGUUUAUGA